GCAGAACGGAUAAGAAGAGCAGCGCGCGCUCAAGCGCAAAGCUUUCCACAUGCAGGCACAGUAUCACGAUCAGAUGACACUAACACGUGUUGUCAUAUCUCGCUGGCUCCAGUCCAAAAUUAAUCCAGGAUUACACUUUAACACAGAGAGAACUGAAUGACUAAUAAACGCAGCUGACGGAGGCUUCAAUUGCCGAAGACUUUUUGAGAAAAGACAAACAAACCAUAAAACGGAACAGAAGACACAGACGAGAUCCAAAACUAAAUCAAAAUAAUGCGGUCUAAAGGAGUGUUAGUGUUUGUGUUACUGGGCGCGUUAACAGCUUACUACGUUUAUUCACCAAUCCCGAAUAACAUAGAGGAGAGAUGGAAACUAAUGCUCGCCGACUCUUUCUUCAGGAGUUUAAGCCAGUUGGCAGAACUGAGUGAGCGGAUGGGACUAUUGCACUACAUGAAAGUUAUGAUGUUCAUCACCAUUGCAGAGCGAGUAGUGCCUGUGUCAGAUGAGAGGGUGCAAGUGUCAGAUGAGAAUUUUGAUGGGGUAGAGGUGAUUGUGUAUCAGCCAACCCAGCAAGAAGAAACAGGAGAGCUAAGAAGAGCCAUCAUAUACCUGCAUGGAGGAGGAUGGUGUCUUGGCAGCUCCCGUAUGGGCCCAUAUGAUCUGCUAGCCAAGCACAUGGUUACAGAGCUCAACGCAGUUAUUGUGUCUGUAGAGUAA